UUCACAACCAACUGAGAAUUAAUGUAUAAACAUUCUAAAUUCUUUCUCAUCGAUCUGAAAAAAAAAAGCAAUACACUCUCUUUCACAUAAAGCAAAUGAACUUGUCAACUAAAUCACUUAAUACAUUUGAAUACGUCAUCUACAACAGAAACAAAAGUAGUUGUCCUACAACAUGUAUAGGUUACGCAGGAACACACUCACAGCAACAAAGAAUACAGAGACACAUCUAAAAUCCUAACCACAUCGCAGAGUCUCGCGACGCUUAAAACGGCAAGCAAUGUAUUUUACAAGAAUACACAGCAUGAAGUAUUUGCUACCAACCUAUAUUUUAUUUCUUGGAUUUGCGACAUCGGAAUUCUGCAUUGAUUCAGCAAACCAAUUAUGUCCGCUUGCCCUGGAAAAAUAUCCUUUAAAGCAGCCAGAUACGAAUUUCUGCAAACGUUUGGAUGUGUUUCAGCACUGUUUUGAUGCCAUAUUCCCGAAUUGUAACGAUUACUUUCAUAAUGUGCACGCGAUAAGAUGCAAAGGGUGUUCAAAAGAAUAUAUUGGACUUUACAAGACUUUAAAAAAAAACUUUGGAAGAAGUGUUGAAAGUGUCGUCCUUAAUUUUCAAUAAAUAAUUUGAUUCUUCGAUACAUGAUUUGAAAUACAUCUUCAAGAGAUUGACGUGGUAUGGACUGUGUGAAAAAAAAAAAAAAACACUGAGGAGAGACAUUUUGCACACCCUGAAGUAUUUUAAUAUAGUCGUAACAUUUGAAGUUCAAAUUUUAUGCUAUGUAAUAUGUCCCUGAGAAGGUAACAAUACGUAUAAACUGCUGAUUUCUUCUAGUUCAAUUAAAGACAGAAGGUAGAUAUAACAGUACAUAUUUUAUUAGUGUAAACGAUAGUACGCAAUCGUUAAGGCAUAUAUUCACAGAUUAUCAAAAUAACUUUGAUUACAAAAUAAAUUUCAAGGUCAAACUUUAUUUUGGCCGUAACAAUUCAAAGCCAAUUAAAAACCUGACGCAUUUUA